GUGCUUAUUAAUGUCUCACAUUGGUUUAAGGUGUUGAUAAAAUCUUCAAACAUUGCUAAAGGUUGCAUGUGGUCUCGCAGCUCCGGCUGAGAGCUGUGUAGGUGCACGCUUUCAAAGUUUCACUGGGGGAAUUGAGACAACGGGAGACUGCAGCGGCACAUCGCCCCGUCGGGAGACAGAAGCGCACAACAUCCGAGGAGGAAGAGGAGGAUCGGAGGAGAGAGAAGGACCACGUCUCACUCAGGGGAGUGUCCGAUAAGAACAAAGAGAAAGAGAGAGAGGGAAAAAUAUGACAGAGCGGGUCUUGGGUUAACAGAUGGGAACUAAAAGGAGGUGGAUGUAACGCGAAACUCGCUGGAAGGAAGGGAGGAAAGAAGGAGGCGAGGAAGAGGGACUACCGGGCCGGCGGCUGCAGCCCACCUCCCCUCAGCCAUGCCGCCAGUAUUCCGCUCUCUGCUAUUCGGCUUUCUAGCGCUGCUGGUUGUGCUUUUGAUAAUUGAUGAUAUUGCAGAAGUGGAAAAAGAAAGCGCAAAUAUCGGGCUCACGAAGAAAACCAACGUUCACCAGCUCAUUCCGAAACCUCGCAGAAAGGCAGCAGCACACACAGAUCCGACUGUGACAACAGCAAUCGCCAAAUAUCCUCAUCCUCCAGCCUGUAACGGCACCACCAAACACUCGUCAAACAGUUGGGCCUUUAACAAGACGCUUUCCAACCUCAUCAGAAAGAAUAUUCUCAGAUUCCUCGACCCAGAGAGAGACAUCUCAAUUCUAAAGGGCACGCUGAAGCCAGGAGACAUCAUCCACUAUGUGUUUGAUCGUCAAAGCACCACAAACAUCUCAGAGAAUCUCUAUCGUCUGUUGCCAACCUCUUCGCCGAUGAAAAACCAGUAUCAUAGGCGCUGCGCCAUCGUAGGAAACUCUGGGAUCCUGCUGAAUAGCAGCUGCGGACCAGAAAUCGACUCUCAUGAUUUUGUUAUCAGGUGCAAUCUGGCCCCAGUGGAGGAGUAUUCUCAGGACGUGGGCCGGCGGACCAACCUGGUGACCAUGAACCCCUCGGUGGUGCAGCGCGCCUUCCAGGACCUGGUCAGUGACGAGUGGAAGGAUCGCUUCCUGCGGCGCCUGCAGAACCUCAGCGGCAGCGUACUGUGGAUCCCGGCCUUCAUGGCGAAGGGCGGGGAGGAGCGUGUGGAGUGGGCCCUCCGCCUUAUCCUGGUGCAUACUGUGGACGUGCGCACAGCGUUCCCGUCGCUGCGUCUGCUCCACGCUGUACGAGGGUACUGGCUCACCAACAACGUUCACAUCAAGCGUCCCACCACUGGCCUCCUCAUGUACACGAUGGCCACUCGCUUCUGUGAGGAGAUACACCUCUACGGCUUCUGGCCAUUUCCUCUCGACCCACAGGGCAGGCCAGUGAAAUACCACUACUAUGAUACUCUGAAAUAUGAGUACACAUCCAGCUCCAGUCCUCACACCAUGCCCCUGGAGUUCAGGACCUUGAGCACUUUGGACAGACAGGGGGCGCUCCGGCUCCACACGGGAAGCUGUGAUCUGGACCGAGGAGCACAGAAAGAUCUCAGCUGAACCCAUGAUUCUGAAAAUAGCAAAAUGUUAUUCUUGUUACUGCAUUUUCUGAUAAAACUUGAAGGAAGAAUUGAAUGGGAACACUGUCAAUUACAGCCUUUUGUAUUGGCUCAUUAAGCGUAUUUUACCUUUAAUGAGAUUUCUAUGGCAACCGAUAUUUCUUGGGGGUUUAUUUGUGAGGUUCCACAAAUGCAGCAGAUGGUUUGUGUUUUAUACCUGGGGCUACAGGUUUGGAGAAGACACGAAAAUGGGCUAUUUUCCUGCUGUUUCAAAGAAAAAUGCCUCCAUGAUUCCAUUUUAAAGUCAACUAUUUGUAUUGUAACACAGCAGGUACCUGUACACACAGGAAAAAUCUGUCACUUGUACCCUGCGGUGCUGAAUUUAUACAAUACUGUUUGUAAAGGAGAAAUUUUUUUUUUUUUUAUGAAAGCAGAGGCAUCAUAGAAUGACUUUAAUACCAAGUAGUUCAUAAUCUGAUGGGCUUCAUUAAAUCUGUGAUCUUAACUCUGGCAUGUCCGCCACACGAUGAGUAGCUGCGUGGUGGCUCUUGCGAUGUCUCGUUGGGCCACAAGAUGGAAGCACUGAAUAAUCAGGGACAAGAAUGUACUAAGAUCCAAUCUGAGCUGCUUUAUUCCUAUCAUUCUUAAAGAACUGGAGUGACUUUUAAUUUCUUUUUUGUGCUUUUCUAUCUUCACAUAAAGCACCUUAAAUUCCAGUGAUCCCCAGUGAACUGGAGCCAACAUUUGAUGAGGUUGCCUUGAGAACCAAAUGACUGAAUGGAAGCAUGCGGUGUUGUGUGUACUUUAUCCCGUGAGGAUAAAGUAGCAGUGUGCCAGCUGUUCACAUAUGAAUGUUUGCUCAGCCGACACUAAACAUUUUUGCAGAGUCUCCUCGAAGUUUCUGCACUGGGCAUGUGAGAUAUGUGAGUACAGGAAGUUGUUUGCUGUUAGGAAGGAGAGCUUAGCAUUUUAAAAAUGAAUGUAUCAGUGACUUUCUUACAGUAAGUGAACCACAAGAAUGUACUUUAAAUUAAUCUGUAACUGAAGAUGUUCAGUGCAAUAACCCUCAAACAAGGUAAAGCAUUGUGAUCUUGAGGUAGUGUUUUUUUUUAAAGGGAUGUGACUUCUUCUUGUAUAGGGACUUUUGAUUAAUAUUAUACCAGUAUUUAUAGAGAAUGAUAGAUUUAUUAGCAUAUUUAAUUGUAGCUGACACUGUUCUGUGCCUAUAACCAAAAAUUGCCAGUGUAUUAAAAGGACCACACACCUACAUGUUUGUAAAUACAAAGUUUCAGGAUUCAUGACAAAAAAGGUCUUACCUACAGCUUUGGCCAGAGGCUAACAGAAACCGAUAAUUGGCAUGAAUGUCAGAUUAUUAUUUAAACAGUUUUUUUCAGGGUGGAGUGAUUAUACAUCAUCCAACUAUGAUAAAAUAUAAUUAGGUGCACAAAUCAUUUUGGUUAUAGCUUUUCUCUAAUUCAUACAAGGUCAUAAGUAUACAUACUGGCUCAAAUAUAUGUAUGUACACCCACUAUUAAAUCAAUAAUAGCCCCCCAAUCUGAAAUCCCAACAAGUUCCUUUUUUAAGCCAUCAAGAAACUUCUACAGCAGCUUAGCAGAAAUAAGAAUUGGUUUAUCUAACAAAUUCUGAAUUGUUAGAUGAACAAUUGCAAAUUGUUCAUCUAAAUCUAUUCAAUUCUAAAAUAAGUUACAUUAAAAUCAAUUAAUUGGCUGAAGUUUAAGUCAUCCCAUAAGCUUAAUUUUUAUUAAGCUGGUGGUGUUUUAUUUAUUCCAAUAUCAGUUUUGAUGUGUGGUUGGACACUGUAAUAGCCGUGUACAUGACCAUGAUGUCCAAGUUUUUACCACUUAUAGUCGGUGAUUUGAUGCUAAAUGUCCCUUAUUCUGAUUGAAGAGAAUUCACAGUAAAGCUGUGUGCAAAAAUUAUUUUUUAUGAGACCUUAUCAAAACUGUGUUGUAUAAAUGUUUCACCCUGCAAAAAGAGCUCUUUAAAUAUGUCAUUAAUAGUCCAGAAUCAAUAGAAAUCAAGACCAAUGUGAGUGAUGUACACUCCCCACUGCAUCUAUAAUCAUCUUGAGAUUUCUAUAAAGAAGUAAACAGACUGUAUACAUACAAAUACGCAAAAAAGUUCAGACUUGAGGGCUGGCAUGUUCUUUACGUCACUAAGUAUUUAUUGUAAUUUCUGUAAAGCGAAAAAAACAUUUUGUGGCUUCAUUAAUACUUUUGUACUUCCCCCGAUGUUCCACUUCAGCAAAAGGUUUCUAGGAACUGUUUUUUUGUAUUCCUGGUAAACAAUUUGUGUAUUUUGCUGCAACAAAAAUGCUCCCAUUAAAAAGAAUUAGCAGAAGCAUCUGAAAUAUUCCAGGACCUUCUCUGCUGCCCAACAAGAUGCCUCUCAUGCGCACACAGUCAUGUGAUUUUUCUCAGUAAAAAACAAAAAAAAACUGUUUUAUAGAGGGUUUUUUGACAAGAUGCGAUUGCUCGCUCGCAUGUUGGCCUUAUUACCCCGUCAAUUAAGUUAAGAAUAGACAUGAAAGUUGCACCAGAGACGUCAGCAGACUGGAGCAAUGAAAGGUUUAUUUGUGAGAGGCUGUCUGAGGUUGGCAAAUAUAGAAACAUUCUGUGACCAAUGCUAUUAGGGUUAAUUAACCCAGAAUCUGCAGCUUGCCACAGUUUGAACACUUUCUAACAUGUUGCUUUUCCUUGAAUGAUGUGGAGAUUCUGUUUUGUUACUUUUUCCAUCAUGUACAAUGUGUCAUUUUGUAUUACUAUCUGAAUCUCAGCAAAUAUUAUCUUUUGCAUGGUUGUCUUGCCUCGUGCACAUUUUAAUCUUUGUAAUCUUAUGUAGUAGGACUCAUGGACACUUGGACUGCUCAGUUGUGACAAUGUGAAUGUAACAAAAGAUCCAGACUAGGAAAUAUUCGAGCCUCUCCCUUUAAAGAGUCAACACUUUAAAAAAAAGUUUUAUUCCAGUAAUGCUGUAAAGAGAUGGAAACCGAGGAAACAGACCGGUUUACACACAACAUCUGUGUCAAACUUGUUUUCCAGAAACUUAUAAAACUAUUUAAACAGCUUUUUUUUAAGUCUUCACAGCCACAACUGAUUUGUUUUAACAAGAGUAACUUUGUGCAGCAGAUGACGCAAAACUAAUAAAUGUCUAUAAUUAA